GCCCGCCAUUAACAGCAUUUGGUCACUGAGCUGCUUUCAUUGUGUUUUUUUUCCAAUUUGUUUUAUAUUUUUAACAGCAAUUAAAUAUCCAGACCAUGGGGAAAAGGGAGGAAGAAGAGAUCAUAAGAAUAGCUAAAAAGAUGGACAAAAUGGCGCAGAAAAAAAAUGGGUCUGAAGCCUUGGAUCUGCUGAAGGAGUUAAAGAAUAUACCUAUGACUCUGGAAUUGUUACAGUCUACAAGGAUAGGAAUGUCGGUGAAUGCCAUCCGCAAGCAAAGCACAGAUGAGGAGGUUACAUCGCUAGCAAAGUCACUCAUCAAAUCCUGGAAGAAGCUAUUAGACGAACCAGGAGGAGCAGAAAAGCCACCAGAAGAGAAGAAAAAGGAGCCUUCCUCAUUACCAGCCAUUGCACCUGCUUCAUCUUCUUCACAGAACAGUCCUGAACCAAGAGAAGAAAGCAGCUCAAGCAGUAACUCGAGCAGUAAAGACGAAGCUGGUGAUGUUCCUGUAAAUUCUCUGAUUACAACUUUCCCUCGAGCCCCAAACACAUCUGACUCUGUGAGGAUUAAGUGCAGGGAAAUGUUAUCCAAUGCUCUUCAAGCAGGGGAUGACUAUAUUGCUAUUGGUGCUGAUUGUGAUGAACUUGGAGCCCAAAUUGAGGACUGUAUCUUUCGGGAAUUCAAAAACAUUGACAUGAAGUACAAAAACAGGGUUCGGAGUAGGAUCGCAAAUCUAAAGGAUAUUAAAAACCCCAAUCUUAGAAGGAAUGUCCUUUGUGGAAAUGUUGCUCCAGACAGAAUGGCCAAGAUGACGGCAGAGGAUAUGGCAAGCGAUGAACUUAAGGAGAUGAGAAAAAACCUGACCAAAGAAGCAAUCCUAAAGCAUCAGCUAGCAAAGACAGGAGGCACCCCAUCUGACAUGUUCUGUUGUGGGAAAUGCAAGAAGAGGAAUUGUACAUAUACACAGGUUCAGACCCGUAGCGCUGAUGAACCUAUGACCACAUUUGUUUUCUGUGUUGAAUGUGGAAACAGGUGGAAGUUCUGUUGAAGAGUGGAAAAUUACUCCUAUGGGCAAAGAGAAAGACUAAUACAGCUGGACCAGGACUUCAUGAAUACUCGAUUUAUACCUGUGUUGGUCAUGCUAUAUUUUGAGGGUGUUUUUUUUGUUGUUGUUUAGAACUGUUAACAAACAGCUAAUAAACAUGUUAAUGUACAUUAUUUAUUUUCAAACUGUUAGUUAAUAAUAUAUAAUAGGCCACUUAAAACUGCAAACACCAGAACCCUAUGGAUGAUCAAUACCCAGUCGAUCAUAUGCUUCAUAUCGGUUCAAAUUGUUAAUGUAGUAAUGUUUAGCAAAUUGUCAGGUUUUUAUUAACACUAACCCUAACCAUAACUCUAACCGUAAGCUAAAAAUUAACAAUGUUUAAACUAAAAAAAGUCCCUUAAAAUAAAGUGUGACCCCUGUGUUUGUAAACUAGAGCAGACAUAGACAUUUUAUAUCAAACUUGGUGUAUACAGAUGUCCACAAAGUGAACCUCUAGUUGUUUUGAUUAAAUCAUCACUUCAUCUGAACCAUUUAUUGUAUUUUAAUUAGUUAGUUAGAAUUGUGUGUCAAACUAUGGUUGAUGUUAAAACAUUUUUUUUAUGUGUAGUUUGACAUUAAAAUUGUAUCAAUAACUA